AUUGUCAAUGAGUAUGCAGACGUUUUUCUUCCUCCAUCUGAUUAUUCAUUUUCCUUUCACUUCUAUUUCAUACUCACCCCUGCACUAAAGAGAACAUUCGGUCAAAGACCUCCUCUUAAGAAAUUUAAUCUGUAUUGUCUGACAACUGUGUAAGUGAUAUUUUAAGCUAUAGGGAGUACACUUAAACAGCUCAGCGCUGAGAGGGUAGUUUCAUCUUCACUUGCGUUUUUGAGCUACAUCAGUCCCCGCCAACGAACUAUAUUCUUCCUCGGCUGUUUUAAAGAUUGCCAAUACAGAAAUGGAUGCAAAGAGGAACGUCCGCACGAAAUCUACUGAAAAGAUCAGCAGAAUUCCCUUAGCAAUUUCAGUGACUUCUUUGACUCUUGUGACAUUGUUGUUUAUGAGGAUCGAGUUUGUGUACAAGAAUUCGAAAGCGCUGGAAAUAAGGCUUGAAAACCGAAUUCAGCGGAUUGACGAUGACCUGAAAACAAACAUAGAGAGAAUAGUGAAGAAGAGGUUACAAAUUUAUGAAACUGCAUCCACAACAAGGAGAAAGGAAAGGCCUGAUGUUAUCUUUAAACUCUGAGCACGAUGCUUAAUGAGCUUACUUGAAAUCUCGCACCUGAAAAGUCUCAAGACUAAAAGCAGCUCCAGACAGUCCUCGGGCUAAUUUCCAAAAAAAUGAAUAGACGUCCAAGGUUCCUUUAAUGAAAUUUUUUUUGUUCUUUAAUUCUUACUUGAUUUAAUGCUGAGUUAUUCAUUUUUGCACCCACUUUGUGACCAUAUGAAUGUUUUAACAUUUGUGUAUUUCUCUUUUGUCAUUAUUUUCUCCUUUCUUUCUCUUCACCGUAAACAUCGAUUGAUAAACGACGACAUUGAGAAUUUGGUUAAACGCUGUUGUGCAGAGCCAGUCCUCCUACUGGGAGCGUUGCUGGCUAGCAUAAGUGGAUGGUUGGGCCAGCACUACCUUCCACUCAAAGUGUGACAACAAAGGGCCGACAGUGACUAUUAUUCGUGUGGGAAAAUACAUCUUUGGUGGAUACAAUUUCCAAUUGUGGAUACCAGUACAGUUCAAAGGCCUUUUUGCUCUCAUUGGUUAACAUGCCAGGCUUGGCACCAGUGAAACUUUUUCAAAACGUACAGCAUAGUUCAGGUCGCCAUUCCAUAUACAGUUGUUCAAGCCAUGGACCAACAUUUGGUUACGGAAACGAUAUUUACGUUGCCAGCUAUGCCUCAUCCAACACAAAAUCUUACUCGAACCUUGGAUACACCUACCGUUCACCACCCGGCCACAGUUAUGGCAGCCCCUUCCAAUCAUUCCUGGCAGGAAGUCGCAAUUUUAAACCCGAUGAAGUCGAAGUGUUUUAUGAAACUACUUGAAACAAACGAACUGAAGUAACGAUGAUAUUCAAAACUAUUUAGACCUAUUUACCAACAGUUGAAACCGACUUUUCUGUUUGGGUUUCCUGUGGGUUAAGGCCACAAACUGUGAUAAAGCUUGGACAGAUCAGUUUAGGUAGUAACACUAGACUGUCUAAUUGCGUAAACAGGUAUCAUCAUUUUUAGUCGUUGGAGAGAGUGCGCAAAUUGAUCAAAGUGACGCUAUGGUGAACUCGUGGAUAAACUGUGCAGAAUAUUAUAAGAAUAUGCAGUGAUUGUACUAAACUGUCAAUUAUUCUGUGAUUCCAAGAUACAGACUCAAGCCAUUAUCUCCAAAUUGAUCCGCUUUAUAUAUCAAUCGGUCCGCCAUCUUUAAGAAGACAUAUGCAACGUAUUUCGACCUGAUGAAAUUCUUAAUCACACCCUGGAUACACCUACAGUCCACCAUCUGGCCACGGUUAUCUCAGCUCCUUCGCCCGAUCAUUCUUGGCAGGAAGUCGCAAUUUUAAACCCGAUGAAGUUGAAGUGUUUUAUGAAACAACUUGAGGCAAACGAAUUCCUAUUUACUGAAAAUCGAGACAGGGUUGCCUGUGGCUCAUAGUCACAAAGAUAAAGCUUGAACAGAUCAGGAUUUAUUAUAAGAGUCUUGAAAGUUUAGCACGCCUUGCUGUGAGCGGCCAGAGGUGAAUUCCAAAGAAAGUGAGAAAAUUGAACCUGAGACUCAUCCCUGCACCUGAAAAAAUUCGGUCAAAGACCUCCUCUUGAGAAAUUUAAUCUAUUUUGUCUGACAACUGUGUAAGUGAUAUUUUAAGAUAUCACGGGGUACACUGAAACAGCUCAGCGCUGAGAGGGUAGUUUCAUCUUCACUUGCGUUUUUGAGCUACAUCAGUCCCAGCUAACGAACUAUAUUCUUCCUCGGCGAUUUUAAGGAUCGUUAAUACAGAAAUGGAUGCAAAGAGGAACGUCUGCUCGAAAUCUAGUGAAAAGAUCAGCAGAAUUUCCGUGGCUAUUUCAGUGACUUCUUUGACUCUUGUGACAUUGUUGUUUAUGAGGAUCGAGUUUGUGUACAACAAUUCGAAAGCGAUGGAAACAAGGCUUGAAAACCGAAUUCAGUGGAUUGACGAUGACCUGAAAACUAACAUAGAGAGGAUAGUGAAGAAGAGGUUACAAAUUUAUGAAACUGCAUCCACAACAAGGAGAAAGGAAAGACCUGAUGUUAUCUUUGGUUUUCUAAGAAAAGUAGGAGGUGUGUCAUCAGUUGUCCGUGAUCAUCAAAGAAAGAGAAGAAAUGCUGCUGCAGGAACAAUAACUCUGCAGCAAGUCCGCCAGGAAAUAAACAACAAGUUCAGCCAGUCCUGCAGUGUCAACAGCAAGAUUUGUCAGACAGGACCUCCAGGUCCUCCAGGUGCCCUCGGGUAUCCGGGGUACAAAGGUGAAAAAGGAACCACAGGGAAAACCGGCUCACAAGGCCCUCCGGGUCCAAUCGGGGUUCCAGGCGCGAGUGGCAAAAGAGGACCCAUGGGAUUUCAGGGAGUUAGAGGCGACAAGGGCGACAAAGGGUCUGUUGGAGCGCCCGGAAUUAGAGGAGAGACUGGAACGAAGGGUCGUCAAGGACAACAAGGAUCUAUUGGCUUAAAAGGAAGCAAAGGCAGCAGAGGAUUGGUUGGUAUUCAGGGACCAAAGGGAGAAUGUGUUGUUCCACUGAAGAUCAGUGUGUAUCCAGUAUCUCAGGAAGUCUUUCUGGACGAGCCUGUAAUAUUUUACUGUUGGGUUCAAGGCCAUCUUUCGUCCAAGAUAACGUGGCGUAAACUUGGAGGUACUCUAUCUGAUGCUACUGUGGAAGAUGGUGCGCUUCGAAUAAGCAGCAUACAAAGGUCACAUGCUGGGUCGUACAUGUGUACAGCCCACACUGGUUUGGGUACGUUACGAAUAAUCAGCAGAUUACACGUAAAAGAACCGCCUAAAUUCACCAAUAGUCCCCCUACAUUGGUCGGUGUAUUUCCAGGAGCUAAUGUAACCCUGUGCUGCGAGGCCUCAGGCUCUCCUCGUCCAAAGGUUGAAUGGUUCCAGGCUCAAAAGUCUUCUGUCUCAUUUCCUAUUUUUCAGGAAGAUGGAUGUCUUCUAAUUGAAAUGGUUAAAGAAGACGUAGAUUUCAUCUGCCGGGCUAAAAACAGCUUCGGAUUGGCAGAGACAACAACCACGGUGAUUGCAGCACAAUUAAGAGGUUUGGAGCAAUCAGAAAUACUGGCAUAUAAUGGUCAUUACCUACGCACUUUGGGAAUUUGGUUAAACCCUGUUGUACAGAGCCAGUCCUCUUACUGGAAGCGGUGCUGGCGAGCAUCAGAUGAUGGUUGGGACAGCACUACCUUCCACUCAAAGUGUGACAACAAAGGGCCGACAGUGACCAUUAUCCGUGUGGGAAAAUACAUCUUUGGUGGAUACACCAGCACAUCAUGGGAUUCCAAUUGUGGAUCCCAGUACAGCUCAAAGGCCUUUUUGUUUUCAUUGGUUAACAAGCCAGGCUGGGCACCAGUGAAACUGUCUCAAACAGGAAAGUAUAGUUAUAGAAGGAGCCAACAUAGUUGUUUAAGCUAUGGACCCGCAUUUGGUGGAGGACACGAUAUUCAAAUUUGGAACUACGCCUCUUCCAACACAAAUUCCUACACAAACCUUGGAUUCACCUACAGUCCACCAUCUGGCCACAGUUAUUUCAGCUCCUUCACCCAAUCAUUCCUGGCAGGAAGUUACACUUUUCAACCUGAUGAAGUUGAAGUGUUUUAUGAAAGUACGAAGUGAAGUAGCGAUGACAUUCAAAACUCCUGUUUACACCUAUUUACCAACAAUCGAAGCAGACUUUUCUGUCUGGGUUGCCUGUGGGCUAAGGUGAAGUGUUUUAUGAAAGUACGAAGUGAAGUAGCGAUGACAUUCAAAACUCCUCUUUACACCUAUUUACCAACAAUCGAAGCCGACUUUUCUGCCUGGGUUGCCUGUGGGCUAAGGUGAAGUGUUUUAUGAAAGUACGAAGUGAAGUAGCGAUGACAUUCAAAACUCCUGUUUACACCUAUUUACCAACAAUCGAAGCAGACUUUUCUGUCUGGGUUGCCUGUGGGCUAAGGCCACAAACUGAGAUAAAGCUUGGACAGAUCAGUUUAGGUAGUAGCACUAAACUGUGCUAUUAUAUAUACAGGUAUCAUCACUUUUAGUCUUUGGAGAGAGUUCGCAAAUUGAUCAAAGUAAACUCGUGAUCAAAGUGAACUCGUGGAUAAACUGUGAAGAAUAUUAUAAGAAUAGGCAGUGAUUGUACUAAGCUGUCAAUUAUUCUGUGAUUCCAAGGUACAGAAUCAAGCCAUUAUCUCCAAAUUGAUCCGCUUUAUUUAACAUUUAUUUCGACCUGAUGAAGUUGACGUGUUUUAUGAAGCUACUUGAAGCAAACAAAUUCCUAUUUACUGACCAUGGAGACAGUGUUUCCAGUGGCUUGUGGCCACAAAGAUCAAACUUGAACAGAUCAGGCUAGGUAAUAGCACAAAACUUAUCAAUUAUGUAUACGGAUACCAUCAUUUUUACUCGUAGGGGAGAGUACGAAAAUAAUAUGUAAGCUCUCCUCAGUCUCAUUUGGCCGUGCUAACGCUAUGAAAUUUGCUCAUCGAAUUCUCAUAUCCACUAUUAAAAAGGGUGAGAUUUGGCUCAUCUUUCACGAUGAUAUUACCGUGUUGCGCAGUAUUUUUCGAGCCUUGUAGGGCGAGGGAAAAUAUGAGCAAUGGGCAAAAUGUCAGAUCGUAUUAUUUGUCAAAUCAUCGAUGGAGAUAUUUACUAUUGCACGAUUAUUCCAUUUUCUAUUAUUUCGGUGUGACCUUUGUGUUUCUCAGCUUUCAGUCCGUGCUUUUGCCUUGUUCUACAAUGUAAUGUCGGGGCAUAUUUUGUAUGUUCCGUUGCCCUGAUAUGGUAAAUGACGUCAUAGUGAAUAAGAUGCUGAGAUCCAUUAUACAUUAUACGUUAAAUGGCAAAGGCGUCAAUUUGAGUUUUUGUCUAUAACAGGUCUGGGCAAGUACUACUUCAACAUAUCACAUUGCAAACUACGUUCACGUUAAGGUUUUUAUUUGUGAAAUUCUUUGCUUGAGCUGGAUGUUGAAUUUGAACUAAUCCAAACACUGUUCUAAGUUCUAAUAUAGGGACCUGAUCUUACUGACCAAAGCCAUUCUGUGAGACAUAGACUGGAAGAAUGACUCACUUA